AUGAUAGUGUAUUUCUUUUAUGUGUUUCAGAGUAAACAUGACGAACCAUGUUCUUUACGUUUACUAUUACAUGGUAAAGGUAAAGAAUAUGGACGUGAAGUGAAAUAUUUGGGUGACAGUUGUCUAUUGAUAAAUUACUUAAAUGAUUCAUCAAGUGUUAGUGAAGAUACUGAACGGUUAUUAAAUGAAGCCAAUAUAUAUGGUCUUUUAGAUAACUUAAAAGCUGGAUUGGAGCUAAGACCACCGUUGCUUCACCCUCAACCUGAAUUCCUUCUGCCAUAUGAACUACAACAACCUUUGACAAUCUCUCAAAUAUACAACCUUCCAUUAAUUGUCAAUAAAAGGGAAAGAGAGUUUCAUAACUGGGAUUUAUUAUUUCCCCUAACUACACAGAUCAUUCCCUCUAUUCCACCUUCUAGUUGGUUAGUAAUUGAUAAUCUUCCAAAAAGUGCUUCCAACUUAAAUGUUGUCUGUACACGAUUAUGUGCCCGAAUUAUUGAUGUUGCUCCGCUUAGUGUUCAAGCAUUAAAAGAUUGUUUAUGGUUAACGUGUAAAGAAUGUUCCAUUUCACAGAGAAGUUCUUGUAUUUCUAAUAAUGACAUUGGUAUUUGCGAAUGCGGAUCUCGUUUAACUUUUCUGCCUUUUCUUUUCCUACAUGUAGAAGAUCUAUCCGGUACUAUGAUUCUAACUGUUUCUGGUCAGGAUGUUAUCAGUUUACUCACUGAUUUAAUCGAUAGUCAGUUAACGCCAUUCAUCCACAAUAGCACAUGGUGGUCAGGACUAGUUUUUGAAUUGCCAGAACUCAAGAAUAUGCAUAUAUCACCAGAAGAAGUGAUCCUUGAUCAAUAUCAUCAAUUAUUAGGAGAGUGGAUUGAUGUAGCAGUUAAAGUAAGCUGGUCAAAAGAAACCGUAUCAUCAGAUUUUGUGAAUCAGAAUGAUCUUCAAAUUAAUUUAAUUGGUUGGGAUUCUGUAUAA